AAUUCUCACACUAUUCUUCUUUUUCCUUGUCAACUGUCUUGCUAUAAACACACAAAACCCCACUUUUGAUUAUCCUAAGACUUCCAACCAACUAGUUCGCUUGUUGAUUUCUUUUCAUUUCCAUUUCGUCAACUUAUUGGCUACCAAAGUCUCUUGUGGCUGCCUCCUUAGAGUUAUAGUGUUAUAGCAUUUAUUUUCAUUUCAUAAACACUCAUCAUAUUAUGGCUAACCAUACCAUGAAGCUGGUCAACUUGCUGCUUCUCGUGACUUUGGCUCAGCUCUUAGCCACCGCUAUCUCUUCAGAUCCUGACCUUCUUCAAGACCUCUGUGUCGCCGACCUUGCCUCAGGUGUGAAAGUGAAUGGAUUUACCUGCAAAGAAGCAACCAAGGUAAAUGCCUCAGAUUUCUUUUCCAACACACUAGCCAAACCAGGAGCCACAAACAACACCUUUGGUUCCUUGGUGACUGGAGCCAACGUUCAGAAAGUCCCAGGACUCAACACACUCGGUGUCUCUCUGUCAAGAAUUGACUAUGCCCCAGGUGGCAUAAACCCCCCUCACACCCACCCACGUGCCACUGAGAUUGUGUUUGUCCUUGAAGGCCAACUAGAUGUGGGGUUCAUAACCACAUCCAAUGUGCUCAUAUCAAAGACCAUUAACAAGGGUGACAUAUUUGUGUUCCCAAAAGGCUUGCUUCACUUCCAAAAGAACAAUGCUAAGGUUUCUGCUUCUGUGAUUUCAGCCUUCAAUAGCCAACUUCCAGGGACACAGUCCAUUGCUACAACCUUGUUUGCUGCCACUCCAUCUGUUCCAGACCAUGUCCUGACCCAGACCUUCCAGGUUGGAACCAAGGAGGUUCAGAAAAUCAAGUCUAGGCUUGCACCAAAAAAGUAAAAAACACCUAGGUGGUUGGUUAAUUUGGCUUGUCUUGUAUCUUGUAGAGGAUAAAUUAUUACAUGAUACAAGAUCACAUGAUCCUCAUCAAUUUUCACGUGACAUUUUAUUAAUUUUUUUAUAAAUUAAAAAAUAUAAUUACAUGUCACAUGAAAAAAUAAUCAGAUCAAAUAGUCUUAAACUAUGAAAUAAUUUAUGUUUUCUGUGAA